AUGGCUCUCCGCGCGAUUCUCGCUCGCUCGUCGUCUCACCCCGCCGCGCCCCCGCCGUCCUCCCCCACCCCAUCUCCGACGACAGUCACCGCGAUCCGAGCGGCGUCCGCGGCGAAACCCGCGCCCGCGUCGUCCCCCGCGGGGGGCGCGUACGCCCUCGAGCUCGAGGUCGGCCUCGACGCCGUGCGCAUGGCGUCCACGCUGUGCGAGGAAGUCCAAGCGCAGCUCAUGCGACAGGACGAGACCGCGGACACGAAGGACGACCGGUCGCUCGUGACGCUCGCGGACUACGCCGCGCAGGCGAUCAUCGCGUGGCGGAUCCAGCAAGAGUGGCCGGACUUCACGAUGGUGGGCGAAGAAGACGCGGAGGCGCUGACGGAGGGCGGCGAAGGCGGCGCGCAGACGCUCGAAAAGAUCACCGCGCUCGUGAACAAGACGCUCGCGAAGCACAAGGGCGACGCCGCGCCCACGCUGUCCUCCACGGAGAUCGUCGCCGCGAUCAACAAGGGCGGCGGGAAGGGCGGGAAAGGCCGCCACUGGAUCUUGGACCCCGUCGACGGCACGCUCGGGUUCGUGCGCGGGGACCAGUACGCGAUCGCGUUGGCGCUCAUGGAGGACGGCGACCUCAAGGUUGGCGUGAUGGGGUGCCCGAACAUGCCCAAGACGGGCGAAGUCUUGGAGUACGACUCGUCGUACACGUACGGGUUCUCGCCGUCGAUGGUGACGAAGAUGCUCGCGGGCGAGUCCGUGGGGUGGUACAAGGGCUGCAUCUUCGCCGCGGUGAAGGGCCGAGGGUGCACGGUGGAGCCGUGCGACGCGAGGAUCAAAGCCGCGCCGACGCCGGUGACGGUGUCGGACGCGUUCGACCCCGUCAGCGCGAAGUUUUGCGAGCCGGUCAUGAAGGCGAACAGCUCGCAGGGGUUCACCGCGUCCGUGGCGGAUAACCUCGGGAUCGCGUCGAAACCGCUGAGGGUGUACUCGCAGGUGAAGUACGGCAGCGUCGCGCGCGCGGACGCGGACGUCUUCAUGAAGUUUCCGAAAGCCGGGUACAAGGAGAAAAUUUGGGACCACGCCGCGGGGGUGAUCAUCGUCGAAGAAGCGGGCGGGAAGGUGACGGACGCGGGCGGCGCGCCGCUGGACUGGGCGGGGGGGCGGUACCUCGACACGUUAGAUCGCGGGAUCGUCGCCACGAGCGCGGCGCUGCACGAGCGGCUCAUGGACGCCGUGUCUAAGAGUUGGUCGUCGUCGCAGUUGUGA